AUGAACUCCCAGCUCAAGCAGUCCUUCCAAGACGUCAUCCCCACCUUCCAGGGCCAGCUUCCGCCCGAGGUCCUCACGUGCGGUGAUUCACUCUACCAAUUGAGUCUUCAAAAACAACCAGUCCUUCCAAAGAGAUGCGAGAUCGCCAGAUACCAUAUCUGUGCCUACUUGGCUGCAGAGAAGUACCUGGAGCAGUUGGGGCUUCCUAAGCCUGAGACCAACAAAAUUCCGCUUCAGCCCAAGCUCGUCUCCAAACUUUUGGACGAUUUCAGAGAGAAUCUACUCUACCAAAUACGAUCUACUACAAGCACUCCGAAGUCUAGUCCCAAAAAGGCUGGUGGUUCCGUUUAUAGCACACCCAUGGGGACUCCUUCGAGGACACGCAACUCGCCGGCCAAGGUCAGCUCGCCCCUAAAGAGAUUGCAGGAGUUGAAGGAUGAGCAUCCAGCCAAACGGACAAAGACAGACAAUUCCGACUUCAGAGACGUGGAUUCUCCAUUCAACCCAAAGGUGAAAGACUCAUUGGACCCACCCAGUCCUUCCAAGGUCUCGAAGUCUCCUAAAAAGUCUCCCAAGAAAUCAAGUCCCUCAAAGGGAACCCCAAAGACCACAGUCUAUAAAUAUGAUAAAAAGCACGUCUCUAUCGAAGACUUCAUUUCCUUUGCCAACAACUUCUACAUUCCCCCUACGGUCACUCCGAAAAUGAUCGAAACAUUUCUUGUUCACAAGCACAAGUUCACCAAGAAGAGCGAGUGGCUCUUGGCAUGUGGGAUGGUCAACGCAGCAUACACCCGGAUUAACCACCGUCUCCUCACCAGCAAAAUGGGAGCCAAGUCCCAGCUUAUAAAUCAUCUUUUCCAGUACCAGAAGGGAGGUCUCAUGAAAUGGAAUAUGCAAAUCUGGUGCGAUAUAGUGGACGAUUGGGUCAAGGACGAGGGAUGGGUGCUAGAAAUUGAAAGAACCUAUAUGUACGAAAGUCAGAGUAUGGAAGAGGUGGAAAAGCGAAACGAAAUGCUUGGACGAAACGGUCGUGGUUGGGAAUUGUUGGAUAAAUUCGGUAGUAUGAUCCACGGAGACGUGCUCUACGAUGGAGACAUACAGGAGACGUACUUCGAGAACUGGAAGACCAGGGUGAUGAAGGAACUUGCGAAAAACUAG